CAAAAAGAAGGGAGAAGAAAGUGAAGUGCAGGAUGGAGACACAGAGCAGAGGACGUCUGAGAGGAGUGCCCUCAGAAAGAACUGUGUCCUCUCUUCUGCUCACACUCAUCAUUGGCAUGUGUUGCGUUCAUGCUCUGGAGAUGUCUACUGGUAAGGUUCCAUUUCUGGAAGCAGUGAACGGCAGCACAGUCCUUCUGCCCUGCACCUAUGCCAGCUGUAUUGGGAUCACUAACCUCUACUUCAAAUGGGAGUUCAAUGAUAAUGGCACCAUGAAGAAGAUGGCUGAUUCUGUAAUUCCAACGGAUAAUGUGGAGCCAAAUAAAGUAAACAUUUGCCGUGAGAGGGUGGAGUAUGUUGGCUCCAGUAAAGGAAAUAACAUCUCCAUCCUGCUUUGGAAUAUAACAUUUGAGGAUGCAGGUGUCUACACCUGCUUUGGCAAAAACCCCAAAGAGAAGGGCAAGAAUCACAGCGCCAUUUUCACUCUAUAUGUAGUAGAGGAACUAAGGAAGGUUGAUAACACACUCACCAUCAUCAUUGCUUCCUGUGUUGGUGGAUUCAUCGCUUUGUUAAUGGCCUUCAUGCUGCUAAAGAACCUCACUCUGUUCGUUCUCGCAAAGAUUGAGGAAAAAAAUAAGGAGUGCCUUGUCACCUCCUCAGGGAUUGAUAACACAGAGAACGGUCUGUCGGGCUCCAAAUCUACACCAAAGAAAGCAUGACAGCGUGCAACCAAACAGAGUCACACAUGCACGUGAAAACAUGGAUCAGCCAUCAAGCUGUGCCCUCUCUGUUAAUUUACAUCCGUGUUUACAAAUGCUAUACUUUUGUUUUUUUAUAUAUAUAGAGCAAUGAUAGUAUUAAACAAACGUGAAAGAUUUUCAUUCAUAACCUUUCCAAGGAUGAUGUUCAUAUGACUUAUUUUUAGUUGAUGCAUAAACACGGAUAUGAAUAAGACGAGGGGCAUAAGGUAUUUCUGCAUAUAUUAAAUUUAUAUAUGCGUUUAAAUAUGCACCACACAUGCAGCCUCAUGCACUUUAGUUUCUUGGCCCACACCAAAUCUGUGGGCUGUACUUAUUCUUAUGAUAGAAAAAUGAAAUAUUUUCUUCAAUAAUGCUUGAGACAGGGAUAAAUGUAGCUAUGCUAUUUAUUUAGUUAAUUGAACUGGACUGUAAAACUGUGAAGAGCCCAUGCCCUCACAUCUACAGUAGGUGCCUGACUAAAAUAAUUGUGAAAGGAGUACAGGUUUCUUGUGUUAAAAAAAAUGUAGUCCUGUUUGUCAAAUGGCCAUUGACUUUGAAAAAUAUAUGUUGUAGAAAGAUCAGUUAUGCAACAGAGAAAUUUGUUUAGAGGGACACUAGUGAUUUGUAUUGUUUCACUCACAGAGACAGACUCUCAUAGCUGGUUAAUCAAACUGCAUGUUUUAAUGCAGUACCUCUGAAUAGAGCCAAAAAAAAAAAAAAUCAGCAGAACUCUGAUUGUAAUAAGCAUGAAGGGAGAAUUAGGCCUUAUUUUAACAGUCUUGAGUCCAGUUCAAAAUAAACCUCAUUACCGUUUUUGCUUGAAAAUGAAACACAGGUGCCUGUUAAUGCUUCUGUCGCCACCUUUUGGCGAGGAUGACUGAAUCAAUGCAGAACAUUAUAAUGCAAA